CCGAUUGGCUACGUACUUCACACCACGAUCAACAUGUCGGACCAACCCAAGAAAGGUGUGGCGAACGUAACGCGCAAGACAUGGGACAAAGCGUUCUUCGAGCAACAAGCGGCACUGCGGGCGUCUGGGGCGUUGGAGGAAGAGGAAAAGAAAACCAAGAAAAUCGACCUCGCGCGCGAGGAAUUCCAGCCGGCAGCUGAAGAUGCCGCUGGUCCUGCGGGUUCAGUACGAGCGUUCCUAAAGGCGCGGACGAAAAAGGUCGAGCUGGACUCCAACGUCGGGAAGACCACUGUCAUCAAGCCGGAUGAUGCCAUGCGAGCCACAGGAUACUAUUGUGAGGUGUGCGAAGUCACGCUAAAGGACUCCAUCUCGUACAUCGACCAUGUCAAUGGCAAAAAACACUUGCGAAAGCUUGGCUUCAGCAUGCGCGUGGAACAGUCCUCUGUCGCGUCCGUAAAGGAUCGCCUGAACGCCGCCGCAAAGCGAAAAUGGGACCCGGAGAUCACAAAGAAGCUUGAUGCUGUUGAAGCGUACGAGAAGAAGUUGGCGGCGCUGGACGAAGAGGCUCAGGCCAAGAAGGCCAAGAGGAAGGAGGCCAAAGCGCCGACGCCUGCGGUUGAUGUAUUUGCUUCUGCCGAAGAAGAAGCCAUGAUGGCUGCGAUGGGGUUUGGAGGGUUCAACUCGACCAAGAAAAAAUAAAUAGGAGCUGUGAUUCAUCGAUAUUUUGAUUGAUUUUCACCAAUCAUUUGCAAGUUUGGAUGAAUUUAUAGCCAAUGAGAUUG